UGAAUGGUCACACACUAGGGUUUCAUCCACAGAUUUUAUUUUAGAAUCGCCUUCAGUAAUUAACUCAAAGUUUAACUCUAGAAGUAAAGGAAUAAUUGCUAGAAAAACGUCUGUUUUAAGCGCUUCAACGAAUGUAGUAUUAUUUCCAGCACUUGUGGUAUCAAAAAUAACUGUUAUCUUUUAGAAGAGGCUCCAAGCAUGUGUGAAAAGACUGAAAUACAGCCGUUCUGUAAUGAAAACGCUUGACAUAGCUAUUUCCAAUCCAGCUGUCGUCAUCCACGUUGUCUUGUGACACUUUGAAUUGCCCCUCUGCUUGACUGAUAUUGGGACAGUUUUUCAACCAAAAACAUGUGAUUUAUUUCCCUCUCUGACGGUCCGAAAUACGAGCAGCAAGUCAUUUAAACCAGCUUCUCAAUAUAUUUUUAAGGUAAAAUAAAGAGUUAUUUAAUAGGCAUUUUCAUUUCUACUUGUCAGCUCGAAUUAAUUUUACACUUUGAGAGUAUGUAUAUUGGAGGUAAUAUUUUUCUCAAUUCGAACUGGCUGCACUGACUUUGAUCUUUUUCUUAAUUACUUAUCCCCAGACGUUGACAACGCCCAGAAAUUUUUACAGCAAAUGGAUAUCGCAUAUAUUUUUUUUUAUUAAAAUGGUAACGGAAGUUUUAAUGUGAAAAUAAAACCUUUGGGUCGCGUUUUCUCGCGGCAAUCAACCGGCUGAAACAAAAAAACACUUUCUCAUUAAGAGGAAGAAUUAAAAUUGUUUCGCGUUUGUAAUAAAUGUCUCUUUGUUUAAUCUGCCUUCCCUCACCUGUGGUGACACACACGAGCAAUGUGUUAACUUUUUAUUCGUUUUCAUUCAAUCGAUGAAUUUCACGGAUAACAAUACGAGAUGCGCGUGGCAGAACACAAACGAAGCUGUCAUUAUCGAGUUAUAGACGCCCGGUAGAUGAAAAACACGCACUCUGACUGUCAAACUAGUUUUAUGAACUGGAGCUAAAACUAAUUAAACCCCAAGCAAACUGACCGCCAGUUUCAUUCAGUUGAAAAAAAAAAUGUGACACUUGACAUGCAAGGAACAAAGGCACAACCAACGCUUUUAUGAGCUCUUGGAUUCUUCAAGUAUUGAAACAUCAAUGUUGUGGGAUAUGCCAUUUACCUAACGUUCUAAUUUGUUCUAAUGUGCUUCCGACAGACAGACAAAAAGUGUUGGACGUAUUAUUGAAUAGCAGGGUGUGUGUUCAUUUCCAUUGUGAACAGAUCCCGGGUUCUCACAAGAAAUCGGCCACCAUCAACAAACAAGUGAAACAAGGGGAAGUGGAAAACCUUCACAGUUAAUUCUGUCCACAGAAAGUUGUGAUGGCCAUAGAAAAAAUAUCACGAACGCUAAGGACGCGUUUUAUUGCGCAGAUAAAGCUAGGACAAAAUGGAUAAACUUGUCAACUGGAUAUGAACCUGUAUGUGCAAAUGUGUUCCGAGUAAAUACAGCGACAUAUUGCUUGAUGUCUUAAUUACUUAGUUAAACCUUAUUACGCUUGGAUCGGAAGCAGUCAUCACUCUAUUUACUUUCAAUUCCAAACUCUGCCAACUUGAAGGGAAUCGUUAUUUCCACGCUAGGAAAAUAUUCCAAAAAAAAAAUUACGAUCGUCUUCUUUUUAUUCUUGAAUUCAUAAUUUAGGUAUUUGUCAAGUGUAUUAUCUCUUGUGAUCUGAAGGAGAAAAAUGAAAAGUGAUACGAGCCCACCCAAAAAAACUGAAAAUUGAUUUUUAUUGGGUAGACUUGAAGUGAAGAACUUCAUGGGGAUGGUUUCCAAGCAUGUUAAGAGCCUUGGGGCCAGUAUUAAACAUAAUCGUUCGGUGUACCUCGCUUCAGUCGUUUCAUAUUUCUAAAAAUCGUGAUUCUAAUCAUUAUUAUAGCUUGAGAAGGAGUAAGCGAUCGUGUACUCGGGGUGAGGUGUUGGUGAAAGUGUAGCAAUCUUGGCAAGGCCCCGUAGCACAACGUUGCAUGGUAUUCGUACAGCAUCUCAGUCCCGCAUUCCCUCCACGGCUAAGAAAGUUGGAGAUAACAUGUUAUCAGAACAUAGCUUAUUGAUCAUUUGCUGGCCGCGACGGAAACGUCUGUUCAAUGGAGGACAGGAUUCGUUCAUUGAAUACCAAAGGCGAGGAGCAGAUGUCAUUUGAGGACAGGAGUUGUACACCGCGCGUGCAAUCCAGCCCAGACGAACCAGAGCUGACUCACGCGCCCGAGAUGGCAAAGUCAAGCGCCCAGCAAGUAGUGCCAAGCGCGCAAGUUCUUGACUCGUCGAAAAAGGACCAAACAGAGAAAGAUAUCAAGAAACGCAAAAGACGAGUCUUGUUCACAAAGGCGCAGACCUUUGUCUUGGAAAGAAGAUUUCAGCAGCAACGCUAUUUGUCUGCACCCGAGCGUGAAGAGUUAGCAAGGAUAGUGAAUCUUACUCCAGCACAAGUCAAAAUUUGGUUCCAGAAUCACAGAUACAAAUAUCGAAAGCAGAUUAGCGAGAGAGGUCCAUGGGAUAAACCUUAUUCGCCUCUUUCACAGGGAGCUUUACUCAACGGCUCCGGACAGUUUUGCAGUUGUGUUAGCCCGUCUUGUACGAGUUACCUAAGCGGGUCUCCGUACCACCAAGGAGACUACCUUCACUACCCACCUCCCGUGAACUCUACUUACAUUCAGCCAACAACAUAUUGGUGAAAAUUACAAUAACUUUCAAAGUGACUCAUCGCUAAGGACAAUUAGUUGUUACAAUGUAGAAAACGCAGCGUGGAGUAGUUUAUUUAUCAAGCAGUACGUUUAUGUUUUAAAAGUAAUUGGAGCAAAAUUUCAUUGAGCUAGCAUUUGUCUAAAAAUAGAUAAAAAUGGGUGAAACGUUCCAUUUUAUAGCGCCUAAAGAAAAUAUUAUCUGUAUAUAAGUAUCUGUAGUUAAGUUAUAGAAUGCCAAAAAAUAGGUUUGCCUGCUGUAAAUUUAACGCUCGUUCAAAGAAAUAGAUUAGGCCUCCUUUUCAAACACUUGUCUAGUUUGUUCAAUAGAGAACGCUCAUAUUUACUGGGACAGAAAAUUGUAAUAAUAGAGUAAAGGCUUUUUAAAAUAGCAAAAAAAUCUUGUAAAUACUCUAAAAUUUUACGUAAAGUGAUUGUGUAAUGUUUUGUCUGCUAGGCGCUAAAUAUUGGCGAUGUUUCAGAGAGAUAAAAUAGAAUGUGCAGGAAAUAUUAGCUGUGUGUGUUGGACAUUUUUUGUGUAUUCAUCUGUCCUUUUUACUUUUUUUAUAGAGCUCUUAAGUCGUCAGCAAUUUUUCAUCGUGAAAAGAAGUGCAAUUCAGAGCAAAUCAAAAACGUAAUUUAAAAUCUUUGCCAACCGACGCGAAACGUAACAUUCGAUUCAUCAUCCGCUUAGCAAUAUGUCCCGUGAUUUAUCGUUGUUAUAUGAAGUUUGGAUGUUGUGUCAAGCUUAUUUUUCAUUCAAGCCACUUGUUAGAACUACUAUUCUAAGACACAACAAUGAAAGAAAUAAUCGACAGGGUCGGCUUUCUGUACAGGUAACGAAUUGUGUAAGCUCGAUUUUUACGUUUCCAUGAACUUGUGCCAUUCAAGAGAGACGUCGAACUUUUUGUUGGCUUUCAACGCGUUGAGCUUGUGCCAGUGUUUCACUCGCAAGAGUCAGUUCAUCAAUCGCGGUUGAGAUUUACCGUUAUUGUUUUCAAGAGGUAACCAUUUGCUUUGAAAAGCUAUAUUUCGGUAUUCUGCUCGUCUCUUCAUGGGAUCAAGUUUCUUUUGUAUUUAAAUAUUUAAACAGUUUCGUUAGGCCAUAGCAUCAAUAUUGAAUCUAAAAGAUUAGGCUUAGUAAUCGACCAGAAAUAACAAAAACUGUUUUGUUUUGUCUGCUAUCGGUUAAAGAAACAAAACAGAAAAUGAAACCAGUAAAUGAAGUCACCCCCUUGAAAACCUCCAAAUAUCAAGGUCAGACUGUUGUUUUUAUGGAACUGUUGAUAAAAAGGUUAGCUAUCUUCGGACAUUUUUUUUUAAGUUAAGUUAGCUUUGUUUGCUUGGACGAAUUUAUCCCACGCAAAGUAAGAAAAAUUUUUACUCCGUUGCAGGCGUAAAUGAAAAAAUUUAAAAUAGAAUUGUGGAAACUACCUGUGUCGAGCGUUUUAGCCAGAUUCGUCGAUAAGUUACUAUUUCAGAAAUUUGAGAGACUUGGACCUGUUAAGAACGAAAAAAAAAUUAUAUCACCUUUCAUCUGGACAUAAAUAAAAGAUUGAUUUAACAAAGGAUGUGGUAGAAAAACCUAACUUGGACAUAGACCAAAAAUUGAAAAAACCUCUUUUCAAGACUUUCUUUUCAAAGCUCUGAUUGUUACAGUUUAUUAGCCGGUACAAGCCGUUGCGAAAUUUUAAUUAAGUAAAACUCGCAGCCUUGGUUUUCUAGCCUGGGAAAUUUUUCGAACAUCGAUAUUGGUGGUUCGAUCGAAAACAGGAAGACUGAUUCAUAUUUCUCAGUUCAGUGAAAAAACAAAGUUUACUUUGUUACGCCUGCAUACACGUAGGACCGAGGGUUUUAUCGUUGCUUGUUUAAGGAUUACUUGUAUUGACUAUGAAGGCAAUAAAGGGUUUUUAUUUAGACUUUAUAUUUCCUACAUUGCGAGCGACGCAGGAAGUUUGCCGAGAAGUGUGAUUUCAUUGCUACAUAGAAUUAGUCUCGCCAACAGAUUUCGCCUCUAUACAUUUUAUUUUUACAUUUAAUUAGCGCUUCGCACUUUAACACAGAAAAGAUGACGCUUUGGAUCCGAGCCACACACAAGUUUAAUUGAAAAUAUUGCUAUAUUGCUGACAACGGAAGCAAAUUUCCGUCUUCGACGGCUGCAUACUCCUGGGUGGGAAAUUCGCGAUCAUAAACCUAUUUUGGACACAAUUUCCUUUCAUUCAAAGGGAAACGGUGUAUUUUCGGACAAUUGGCAACGGUAGUUUUGUGAAUACUUUCCUUUUCCUCUAUGGCUGUCAACACAGAAUUAAAAAACCAUCAUUAUCUGUGAUUUUGUGUCAGAAGGUAGUGACAUUUCAAAGUUAUUGGCUAAAUAAAGGUUAGGAAAUGACUGAUCAAACAGGCUCGCUUGCACGUUCAAAACCAUAUUCUUAAAGAACUCCACUUGAAAUUUUUAAUUUUUCGCGAAAUCAAAACACCUCUAAGUUCUGGAUUGAUUGAUCUCUGAUAUCGAGAACUAAUUUUGUGGCGGGAAAAUAGAGUUGUUAUAUGAUUGAGUGGUUCUCGGUUACAAAAGGGAUAGAACAGCUAGUGUUUGUUUAUUGGAGCAGCUUUGUGUGACCAACAAUAGUUUAAUAACACUAACUUUAAUUAAAAAUGGCCGUUUACUGUGACCGUGGUGUUGACUCUAGUUUCUGUUUCUUUUAUCUUUGUCGUCUCAGGUGCGGCUGCGAAUUUCUUGAAAUGGAAAUUCAUUGGUUAUUGCAGAGUCAGUUAUUGUAGAAUUUUUUUGAAACUUACGUAAGUUAUUUUUAAAACAGAAAAUUGUAAUUAGUGAUAUCGUGUUUCAGACGCGCGAAGGUGCUUUGUACAAACCAAACACAAGGAAGUCUACCAAACUUCUACUGUCUGUUACGAUCGAAAUUUUGUAUAAACUUGAGCUGACGUUUCCGAAAUUUAUCUUCGCAUUUCCUUAAUAACACAGUUUACACAAGGUUGAAAUUAAUUCAAUUUCAAUUUUGUGUGUAUGCGAUAAAAAUUGUAAAUUGUAAAAUUUGAAGGCUUGUUAGGUGCUGUCUGCUGAAAAAAAGAGAUUUCAUUAGCACGUUUGGAAAAUGAAACAAAAAGUCAUAUUUCCUCCAUAUGUUAGAUCAAUAUAACCCGUAAAUUUAACCGCCAAUAAAAACCAUUGCAAUAGCAUCAUAAUUUUUAAAGCAAAGACUAAAACGACAAACUGCCAAACCUUUUUAUGUCCCUAACGCGAAAAAUACACAGAGCAGAAAAGCCAAACGGUUGUUUUCUAGUUGUAAACCUUGCAGGUUUUUCUUAAAAUGUCUUUUCCAUUCUUCUUGUUAUUGCCUUCACCUAAUUUUCUAAAGAAAAGAAAUUUGUAUGUGGCAUUGUUUUUAUUUCGUUGUAAAAUUAAUUUUAACCUACAGCAGCUCCGCGAUAAAAUAGGAAGAAAUAAAAUGAUAUUUCUGCGGUGAUACAAGUGGCUUUUUUUUUUCAACCAAAACUAUUCUACACCAAAAGACAUCGUUCCACGUUAGUAGGAACGAAACGUGGGGGAGCAAACAUUAGUUUUUUUUUAUGCAGCCCAACUGAUGCGUAACAAACUCGGUGGUUUUUAUGCACGUACGCCCGCGACCCGAGAAAACAAUAGAGUAGAGAUGUUGAUUUAUUAUUCUUCAAGCGGAGUUCAUAAUAAAGUGAAGUUGGACUCGAGUGUAUCCAUUUUCGCACUCUAUGAUCGCGAGUGGCCUCUCUUAUAACUGUGAUUUUUCAACGGAAGAUCAAUUCUUUGUGGACCGACGAAAGAGAGGGUGGGACUUUACAACAAGAGGCUUAUCACGUGAUUUUAAUGGAGAUAGAGAUGAAGGGAAGAAAACUUGUCAACGUUGAUCAAACUUUGUUCCUUGUAUGAAUAAUAUUGUUAUUCUCUCCAGACUUAACAAGAUAAAGAAGUUGACGAGCGAAGUUUCAUGUUAUAUCGAUCUCCAUUUUGUUUAGCAAAAUAACACACCUUUUGAGCCGAAGUUACCUGUCGCGGUUACUCACGAAUCUAUUUUGAAAAUUUUGUUCAGUUUUUUUUUGAUGACAUCGUGAUAACUUUUUAUUAUACCAGCAUGUUUUAGAUUGUUUGUUUAACACCUUUAUCUCAGUUAUGAGACUGAAGUUCCGCAGCCUUCGCUUGUUGAUCUCUGUGUUCAUCUACAAUGAAUUAGGUUUCAAAAGGCAAUUUCAUGCUUUCACUUCUGUUUCCGAUUAAACCAUCACAGAUAUCACACGAAACAAUAUCAUAAUAUUUUCUUUCCCACCUACGACAUGUUUAAACAUGGCGUGGAGAAAGAAAAGAUUUCUCUCGAUAAAUAAACAAAGCAUUGAAUACUUGUCAUCAAAAAUAAAAAUGUCACCCACAUGCGAUAAUUUCUGUUGUCAAUGGAAACGAGAUAAAUAGCACCUUUUUUCACGGAGCAUUGAUCUUUCUGACGUUUCAUUUCAGCUUAAAAUGGGUGAUUAGAUUGUUAGAUUUUUUCAUUGAAAAUGAAUAAAGGUUUAUCUUUAACAACGUUUCCAACGGCAACAGCAUUGACUGAUUGACUGCAUACAAAAUCAUGGGCUCGCUACGUGAUGUUUGUAAAACCACCGCAGAGAGCAGAAGUUUUUGUAACAGGGUAUCUUUAGAUAUCAAGAUGACAUCAAGAGAUGUUCGAAGUACUGUUUCCAAAAGAGGAAUAUCACAAAUUAAAAAGUUUAAAAUUGAUCAUCAUUGCUGUGAACAAUUAGUUCACUCAGUACGACACGAGUCUUUUCUCAAAUCGAUUUCUCAGUUUGUACAGCUUCGUGGCUGAUGAAGUCUGUUUAAACUGAAACCGAAAA